CACUGUUUGCCUUGGCCACCACCCGGCUGGCCGAGUGCUUGGAGAAGGGCUCUUGGAGGCUUUCGUCCCCCACCCGGCUCUUGGCCGGACUCAGCAAACAGAGCACAAGUGGCACCUUGGCAGCCGGGGCUUCUCGAGCCUCCUCCCAGCUCUGCUGCCCCUAUAAAUCCGUCGGCUCUGGCUGGCGGAGCGACAAGACCUGCGAGUGAGGACGAGAUGGACGGCAGCUCCAAAGAGGCACUGAUGGAGGAGGCCCCUCCGAGGUACACGGCGUCCCCCCGCCUGCCCUGCAUCCCCCACCAGCUCAAGUGCCUCCUCAUCAUCGUGGUGGUGGUCGUGCUCCUCGUGGUGGUCGUGGUGGGCUUCCUCCUGCUGGGGCUGCACAUCACCGAGACGCACGCCGAAACGGUUUUGCGAAUGACCAUCCAUGGCCUGGACGGCGAGGGGUCCCCCCAGCAGCUCGCCAUGAGCAAGAAAGAAAGGACCGGGACGUUCGCCGUGAAGGACGGGCUGAACUCCUCCGCCAUGGUCGUCUACGACUACAGCAAGCUGUUGAUCAGCUACAGAUCCUGGCUGCACCAAGCCUGCUACGUCACCCGCAUGGACAAGGACAACAUCCAGGGGCUGGACGCCGUCACCGCGGCCUUCCGGCGUCGGCAGGUGAGCGCCGGGCAGCGUCGCUCGGCACGCAUGGGGCUGGGCACUGGAGACGGCAUGGCACAAAUGGGCCUCGGAGACCGGCAGGCGCCCCUGUAUAAAGCCCUCGGUCCCGGACACUGCCGAGGCAGCUUGGGCCAGGAGGAGGAGGAGGAGGAGGAGGUGGUGGAGGCAGCGGUGGUGGCGGCGGUGACCCGCGGCAGCGGUGGCAUAGAGCAGCAUGAAGCCAGUUGUGGUUGA